AUGGGAAAUAACGAUCCAACGAGUGAAUUUAUGUAUCAAAUUCCUCUUCAGGGAUUUAACAACAAAUCGUUAUCCGAAGGCGGAUUUGGAUUAGGUUUGGGUUUGGGUGGGAAUAACAGUGAGAGAGGUGGUCAACCUUUAGAUCUCAAAGCACUCAACGAACGAUUACAAACCCUCGGACUUGGUGGACCAUCUAUUGAUUCCUUGGGCACAUCAAUACCUCGUCAACCCCCACCCACCACCACCGAGAACCUCGCUGUACAUACCCAAGCUACAUCUUCCGUAUCCCCUUCACCGACACGAUCACAAAACGCCCAAUCUCAACUCGGAUCUGGAUUCCGUACCAAUCACUUCCUAUCACCCAACUCUGCAUUCCAACAGCCAAUCCAAGCUUUUCCUUCCGUCACAGAACUCGCACCGGGAGAUUCGAUAAGUAUGUAUCGACCUGCUCGUGCACCUUCCACAGCGGCGAGAAGUCAAAGGAGAGGUGGGACCAAUGUCGAUCCUGGUGAGACGGGUGAAACCCCUUUCACACCUGAAGAAGCGUAUGAGAAUGCUCCAGGUGAUGGGGCGAGCUACUGGUCUCAGGAUGAUAUCACUGCUAGAUCACCAAGAACAGGUGCGGGUGGGUUAGAGGAUGAAGCUUUGACUAUUGGUCCGACAAGCGUAUGGACGAGGGGUGAUAUGGGAAGAGACAUGUACGACCACCGAGAUCGACUUUUACGACAAGAGUCAAAUCGCAACCAAGAACAUAUGGAAGAGUUGCAAAGACAGAUCCGAGAAGCUCAAAAUUUAGCUACUACAGCUACAAAACUCGAAGCUGCAGAAAAGCAAUUGAGAGAGUUACAAGCUAGGUUAAUUGCUGAGCAAGUCGCUCGAACUCAGAUCGAACAAGAAGCAGGAUUGAAAGAAGAGGAAAUGAAGAAUUACCAGAAUGAAUGGGCUAGUGCUGUUCGGGCAUUACGAAGAGCGAGAGAUGAAGCUGAAAAGAGUGAUGAGGAGAAGAGGCGAAUACAACGUUGUUUCGAAGAAGCCAGAGAUAAACUAUGGAAAUACCACGAAGCUCUGAGAGUACGUGAAGCUAAAGCACAAGGUAAAGAAGAAGGUAGAGCCGAGGCAUGGCAAGAGGCUGAACGAUGGAUGGGCAGCUCACCACCCAUCCCAGGUGUAGAGCCUGUUCAAAUGGUACCCGGAGCUGUCUUACAUCAGACACCGAUGAUGCAAACGCAGACACCGUUGUUCCUUCAGUCUCCGACUAACCAAUAUUUCCAACAAGCUGCUCAACAGCCUCAACAGCAAUACCAACAGCCUCCACCGCAGGGACAGCAGCAACAAGCUCAACAACAACAGUGGCAAGGACCUGUCUCGCCUGGUAACAACGCACCAAUGCAAAGCAUCGCUCAGCUCAUGGAGUAUUUCGCUCAAAACCCAGGAGCAUUCCCUCAAUUCCAACAGGGCCAACAACACAUCUCCCCACCUCAGCAGAUUUCACAACCUCAGACUCAGCAACAAAUGCCAUCUCAACAACCUGCUUCUGUGCAGCUGCCUCCGAUGGCCCAGUCAGUGCAACCACCUCCAUCUGACCAGAUACCCACUACCCAAACCCCUGGUCAGUCAAUGGCUCCUAUGCCUCACCAGACUCCCGGUCAAACAGCUCCAAGUCUCAUGCCUCAGCAAACCGGUGCGCCAUCCCAAUAUCCUGGUGCUGCAAGCCAGUUCAUGCACCCUCAGCCCACUGGUCAGUCUAUGAUGCCUCAGCAUACCGGCCAGCCGUCAGUCGUUCCGAUGAUGCCUCAACAUACUGGUCAACCGAUGAUGCAGCCUCAAUCUACAGGCCAGCCUAUGAUAUUUCCUCAGCCAACUGGUCAGGUCGUACAACCUCAACAUACUGGUGCACCAACCGCCAAACAGCCCACUCCACCACAACCAACUGCGAUUCCUCAACCUAUGAUGAUUCCGGUCAUGGUUCCAAUUGCUCAAACCACCCCUAUGGUCGUCCCUGGUACCAUUCCGGUCAGUGUCGGUCAGCUUCCUCCUAACCAGCCUACCCAAACGCACACCACUGUACCAGCUUAUACUCAGCCUACCAUUCCGCCACAACCUCCCACGAUGUCUCAAAGGACACCUCGAGCACCUGCAACAGCUAUUAACACUACCACAGGCAGGAACAAGGCUCCUGCUUCUACCCGAACUCAGGCUACUCGGUUACCUCCAGCUAAUCGUACAGGCGUUUCUACCGUUCCGCAGGUUCCUCAUCCAGAGUCUGUCCACCAGCCCCACGCGGCCGACAGCUACUUAGAGCGAUUUGAGCAUGAUCCAGAUCUGAAGAAGAUGAUGGGUGGAGCAAGAUCAAAGACCAUACAUUCAUCAGCUGUUCCACCUUCGAUCACCGAGCAUUCACGAGCACCUACUCAGCCUCACACAGCGGCUCGAUCAACCUUUGACGAUAGUGCUUCCAACGUAGACAAGCCUUUGCCGAAUUCUUUUCCCCCAUCUCAGGUGUUAGGUCGAAGUCACACCCAUCGAACACCCUCCACCAUCAGACCCAGUCAAAGUGCCAACAACAGCCAAAAGAUGGCGAGAAGGAUGAGUUUAUCAGAUGGGUUACACAAUUCUCACGCUAUAAGAAUGAGUCAAAUUCCCGAUGGCGAUCGAUACCCUGCUUUCCCAAUUGGCGGUAACCAUCAAGGUAGGACUCAUUCUAGAAAUACUAGCUAUGGAUCUGUGGAUCCAGCUGGGAUCGGACUUCCCCCUUCGAGGGAUGUGUCGAAUGUUCAAUCACCCACUUCCGAGUAUCGAAGAGGCGGACGAAGCUCUGCGCGACAAACUCCCAUCAGGAGUGGAAGGACCAGCGCUCGCAGUCGAGUAGCAGGUGCUCUGAGAAACGAUAUGGAUCUCGAUAGUGAAUUGCCAGGAAUCCAAGAGGACGAGGAGGAGGAGAUGCAGAGGCAUGGUCAUGCGCAGGUACCACCACCGAUGAUGCACCCCAAUGAUAAUGGCAUGCCACCUUCCCAAAUUAUGCGUCAAAUACCAUCCGCCAGUGCGAGAGGUCCACCUCGUGCACCACCUAGUAUGCCAAGCAUGAGACACCGGAUCAACCCGGUCAUGCCACAACCACUAGGCGGUGGACCACCUCCAUUAGCAGGACCAAACAAAACCUUCUCCGAGCCUCACCCUACCCGAGUGGACAGAGGUCACAAGUCUCAUCAUUCUCUCUCAGCACUUUUCCACCAUCGAGAUCCCGCCGGAGCUCGCUCUGAGCAUUUACCAGAACCGGAAUCAGUCUACCAUCCACCAAAGACUCAUGACUUGUUCGUACCACCCAGUUUGGGUCCUGUAGCUGUCAGUGGCGGAGUGGAAGACGUGCAAGGACCUCGAACGUCCGCGUUGGGGCUUAGUGGUGUAAGUAGUGAUGAUGGUAGGAUGAGAGCGCCAACUUCAUCGCAUUCCAGAUCCAAUCAUCCGACCUCAGCUUAUUUUCCACCUUCACCCAAAACCCCUAAACCACCCCAGUCGCCUGCUCGAACUGAAGUAGCCAAUAAAGGAGGUAGACAGGUCAUCAAUCUCGACUCACCACCUGCGCCAGGAACCACCCGUCAAACGGUCAUUAUCACCGAGCGAUCCGAUCCUCGACCUGAAGCUCAUCAGGUGCCUUUGCCUAAAUCAAGGAGUAACGCUCCUACUGCAUACUCCGGUAUGAGUCCGGAGGAUGUUCAAAAUCCGAGAGACGUGCCAUUACCGCCAACCAAGACGUACGAUCCAACUGUCUACUCGCCAAUGGGUAAGGAGUUCUCAGUGUCGCAUCGAGACACCUAUCACCCUCCUCCCACUAAUAGCUCAGCUGGGGGUAUUGCCAAUGAAGCUCAAAGAAUACCCCUACCGCUACCAAGAUCGAAUGCUCCUACAGCUUACAUGCAAGCUCAAGGGAAACAACCAUUCCAGUUCCCCCUUCCGCCAUCGAGAAGUACUGAUCCUACUGCUUACACCACCAAGGAACCUCAUCAGGUACCCCUUCCUCCACCUAAAAGUAUGGCUCCGACCGCUUAUACCACCAGUCCGCCGGAUAACCACACUUCUCCAGGGGCGGGACCACAGGUGAGAUCAAUUGAUUUUGCAAAUGUACCUUUACCUAGAGGAGGGGGUACAGUGUAUGACAUGAAAACUCAAGUCACUUCUGAACCUGAUAUCGACGAACCUCGAGGUCCAUCACGAUCCGCAACGCAUAGGACCCCACCACCACCAUCGAAGAUUGCUUCAACUAAGAAAUCACAUAGGAAGCCAGUCCCUACUAACGGUGGAAAUGGGAAUGGCAAUGGGACAGAACCUAGGAUGUAUCCUUUACCAACUAGUCGAGCACCUACAAGAGGUAAUAGAGCGAGUACGUACGCUGCGUCUGUACCGCCCAUUGAAGAGGUGACGGAGCCUGAGAGUGGAAGGGAGAAUACACUGGUAGGAAGACAAUCUAGGCUGCACUAG